UGGGAACGUGCGCACCGCGGGGGCGCGCGGGGCUGAGGGAGCUGGGGUGCGUGUGGGUGAACACGCGGCUCCUGAGAGACGGUCGCAAUGAAUACGGUGUUGUCGCGGGCGAACUCCUUGUUCGCCUUCUCGCUGAGCGUGAUGGCGGCGCUCACCUUCGGCUGCUUCAUCACCACCGCCUUCAAAGACAGGAGCGUUCCGGUGCGACUGCACGUCUCUCGAAUCAUGCUAAAAAAUGUUGAAGACUUCACUGGACCUAGAGAAAGAAGUGAUCUGGGGUUCAUUACAUUUGAUAUAACUGCUGAUCUAGAAAACAUAUUUGACUGGAAUGUUAAACAGUUAUUUCUUUAUUUAUCAGCAGAAUAUUCAACAAAAAAUAAUGCUCUGAACCAAGUUGUCCUUUGGGACAAGAUUGUUCUGAGAGGUGAUAAUCCGAAGCUACUGUUGAAAGAUAUGAAAACAAAAUAUUUUUUCUUUGAUGAUGGAAAUGGUCUCAAGGGGAAUAGGAAUGUCACUUUAACCCUGUCUUGGAAUGUUGUACCAAAUGCUGGAAUUCUACCUCUUGUGACGGGAUCAGGACAUGUAUCUGUCCCAUUUCCAGAUACAUAUGAAAUAACAAAGAGUUAUUAAAUUAUUCUGAGUUUGAAACAACAUAUUUUUAUACUUAUAUCUCAUUUAUCUCUUCCUUUUCAUCUGUAUUUGUUUUUGAUUUUUUUUUUCUUUCUUUUUUUGGGGUGGGGUAAAGAAAAUAAACAUCAAAGGCACAUAUCUGAAGAGAAAGGUACUAAGGGAUUAACUUAGUUUUACAAACAAGGCAAAAGCUACCAGAGUAGCAUAUGUUCAAAAUAAGACAACUACAUAAUUAUCUGUAUAAGCAUAUAUAUUUGAAGUUUCCUCUGUAUUUUCAUUAUAUGUGGAAUAUAAAGUGAGCAUGAAGGGUUUUUUAAACUUUUGGGUGUCUUUAGAGUUAUAAAAACUCUGAGUUUUAUGUUUAGCAUUCAUACAAGUUCACAUUAGAUGUGAGGUAGCUAUAGACAUUCUCUUAUCUCUUAGUAUAUGUUACAUUACUAGAAAAUUAAUAUAGUUAUUUGUUCAAAGUUUGGUUUACAAAAAAAAGUCUAAAGUGAUAGAAUUUUAUUCCAUGUGCUUAGUUUUCAUAGGUGAGUAGCAGCUUUCUCCACUUAAGAUCUAAAUACCUCUUUGUGGUAAAAAUCAUUCAGACUCAUUUUAUAGUCUCAAGUGAACCAAAAUUAUGUCCCUUAGUGCUUUCUCCCAGCAAGUUUCUUUUGUAUAUCUUUGUAUAAUUUUUUAAUAUUGCCAUUGAAAGUUGAAAAUGUGUGUGUGGUUUGAAUUGAGUUUGUUCUAAUGAGCAUGCCAAUGGAGUUCUUCACAAUUUUCUGUAGUCCUGCAUUUUAAUAACUAAGGAAGUAGUAACAUUUGGCGUGUGCUUUUCGAUAUACAACACCCUCUGGUAUCUUUGAUUUAUGCUAUUUUCAACAUUGUAAUGAGGCAAAUAGUGCAAAUUAUAGCUCUUAGUAGAUGACAAAACUGAAACCCAGAGGAUUAUUGAAUUACUUCCAAAUUAAAUAGCAAGGAAUGAAGUUAAAACUUUAACUCCCAUCUGAUUCUCUAAGCUUACCCUUUCUUGUACACCUUAGUUUGCACACUAAUCAGUUUUGCUUACUGAUUUUUGUUGCGGAUUUUAUUACCUUGAGCACAUUUUUCUGUCCCUCCUAAAAUAUGUUUCCUAUCCUGUAUGGAAGGGACUCAUUUUAAAGCUGCCAGCUGCUUAUAUAGUGAUAAUGCUCUAUUCUGUUCAUAUUCCUUGGUUUAGGAAAGUCUAAAUGUAUGCAGAAAAAUUAAAUACACUGAUUGAACAUAGGCACAAUGGAUUUCAGUGCAGUGAUCAGAUAAUACCCUUGGUGGUGAUAAGUGUAAAUGAACUACGCUUAAGAACAAGAACCAACACUGUACUUAUAAUAUCAAUAGUAACCAAAAAGGGCUAAUUCUUUCUAAUAAUAGUUAAAUUAACAUUUGUUGUGUUUAACUCAUAAAAUACAUUGCUGUUUACCAGCUA